GACGAGGGUGUGGCUCUGGGACUCGUCCCCACUCCAGCCAGAUCCCCCCUUCCACAAACACCAGCUACCAAGUCCUAGUAGAUCUUCUAAGAAUGUUAUAAAUUGAUGGUGGGGGCUAAGGACAAAGGGCUGGGGGAGGGGUCUAUAAGGAUGGGCCAUAUCAGUCUAGGGGUACUGGUACCUCUGAAGGUUGGGGGCACAUCCAGGCUGGCCUGGGGGCAGCUUUGGGGUUCCCAUCUGCCCCCCUCCACCACCACCAGCUCUACCAAUGGAAACCUACCCUGUUCCCCUCCCCCACCCCUCAACCAGGAAGGGUCAUUAAACCAAACAGGCCUGGGAGGGGGGACGGGAGGCUGGGAGAGGGGCUUCCUCUAGCUUUUUCCUUGUACAUUCCCCCACCCCACCCUCAAAGAAGGGGCGUCGAUUUCAGCAUUUCCGUAGGGGUGGGGUGGGGACGUGUGCUCCACCGGGUGGGGGAAGGGUGAUGGAUCAAGUCAGACUGUGUCCAAAAAUGUCCCCUCCAGCAGCAGUUCUUAGGUCUGGUGGACCAGGGUUACCAGCAGCCACAGGGUGUGGAGACAGUGAGUGUUGAAGCUGGAUGGCCACUGGUGUGUCCAGGCCUCCAAGAUCUUCCUGUCUUGGGAAGUCUAGGGUGACAGGGGUGACCCUUGGUUCCCUUUUCCUUUGGGGCCACCCACCUGCCAGAGAUCUGCUGGAAGUGCGGCAGGGGGGGUGUUGGGGUGACCAGAUGUCUAGGGAGGGAGACCUUAGAUGUCUCCAUUCUCCUUGAAGCUCUUGAGAGUCCUGAAGUGCAGGGGUCUCCUUACUCGGGAGCAGGUGACCAGGAUGUCCCUCUUGUGGGCAACAAGCAGCCAGGAGCUGUCAUUUCCAGGAGUUAUGCAUAGACUUUUGAGGUUCAGGUUAGACAGAGGGUGACCUUUCAGACUCUCUGUCUGCAAGGUGAACUAAACUUUCCCCUUGCCCCAUGGUCCCUUGAUUUCAGACAGUAGGCCCUGGGCACUGUCUACUGUCUGAUUGGGGGGUUAUGUUGGGGGUCGAGUGUACGGCCUGGGGUCAGGUGGGACCUGGCUCCUGGUGCUAGCCAAAGGAUGCCCACAAGGGUUCCUGGCAGGGACACAUGCUGUAUUCUGGGGCAUUUACACCUUGGAGCUCUACAAACUAGUGAUGGCAGACCUCUGCUGAGAGCUGGGAGCCGGGAACAGCACAGCCUGGUGCCCACCCUCUGCUGCCUUUCCCAAGUGUGAGACAAGGAGUCUGCAGGUGCUUGAAUGAGCCCGACACCAGCCUCUGCCCCUGGGUGCCCGACGUAACAACAAGGAUCCCACUGGUCGCCCCUGGCAUGCCCCACCAGCCUUCACCCUGAGUUGGCAGCCCCCACCCCUGCCAGCCGUCACCCUGCAUUGUUCCGGCUCCCCCGAAGUCCCCACGCUGCAGUGCGGCCAAGACCCCUCCCCACGGGGGCCACCCCCACCAAGUGCCCCUGGUGCCCGGGGUGGCCCGGCCCGUCGGGCCAUGAAGCUGCAGGCAGUGAUGGAGACUCUUAUUCAGAGGCAACAGCGAGCCCGGCAGGAACUGGAGGCUCGACAGCCUCCACUACCCCCACCACCGGAGCCCGCUGGUGUCCAGGCUCGGACCACCAUGACAGAUGAGGACAGGGAGCCUGAGAAUGCCCGUAUGCAUAGGACGCAGAUGGCUGCACUGGCUGCCAUGCGGGCUGCUGCCGCCGGCUUGAGACAUCCGUCCUCUCCCGGGGGCUCGGAGGACGAAGACACAGCCCAGGGAGGGACUCUGAGUUCACCUGCCCUGCAUGGAAGUGGCCAGGAGGGACCGGGACACACUGAGGGAGACGGCCAUUUGAUGGACAUGGGCUCCGAUGAUGACACGAAGCCCAAGUGGGAAGAACAAGAGCUGGAAGAACUGGGGGAAGAGGAAGAGGAGGAGGAUGAAGAUGACUUUGAGGAAGAAGAGGAGGAUGAGGAGGAAGAAGGCCUGGGCCUCCCAGAGUCUGCCAGCCUGGGCUCCGCAGGCCUGUUUACCCGCAAGGCCCCACCUACUCAGACCUUCCGUGGAGACGGUGGUCCCAGAAUGCUCAGUGGCCCUGAGCGCCUGGGACCUGGCCCGGCCCACCCCAGUCAUGUGGCGUCCCAGAUGCCACCACCGGACCAUGGGGACUGGACAUUUGAGGAGCAGUUCAAACAGCUCUAUGAACUGGACGCAGACCCCAAGAGGAAAGAGUUCCUGGACGACCUGUUCAGCUUCAUGCAGAAGCGGGGCACUCCGGUGAACCGGAUCCCCAUCAUGGCCAAGCAGGUCCUCGACCUGUUCAUGCUGUAUGUGCUGGUGACGGAAAAGGGCGGUCUGGUAGAGGUUAUCAACAAGAAGCUGUGGAGGGAGAUCACCAAGGGGCUCAACCUGCCCACCUCCAUCACCAGUGCUGCCUUCACACUUCGGACACAGUACAUGAAGUAUCUUUACCCCUAUGAGUGUGAGAGGCGAGGCCUGAGCAGCCCCAAUGAGCUCCAGGCUGCCAUAGACAGCAACCGCCGGGAGGGCAGGCGCCAGAGCUUCGGGGGCUCCCUCUUUGCUUACUCACCCAGUGGAGCCCACAGCAUGCUGUCCUCACCCAAGCUACCGGUGACUUCUUUGGGCCUUGCUGCCAGCACCAAUGGCAGCUCUAUCACCCCAACACCCAAGAUCAAGAAAGAGGAAGACUCAGCCAUCCCCAUCACAGUCCCAGGCCGCCUACCCGUGUCUCUGGCAGGCCACCCUGUCGUAGCAGCCCAGGCAGCGGCUGUGCAAGCCGCAGCAGCCCAGGCUGCAGUUGCGGCCCAGGCAGCCGCCCUGGAACAACUCCGGGAGAAGCUGGAAUCCACGGAGCCUCCGGAAAAGAAGAUGGCCCUGGUUGCAGAUGAGCAGCAGCGUCUCAUGCAGCGAGCCGUGCAGCAGAGCUUCCUGGCCAUGACAGCCCAGCUGCCCAUGAACAUCCGGAUCAACAGCCAAGCCUCUGAGAGUCGCCAGGACCCAGCUGUAAAUCUCACCAGUGCCAAUGGCAGCAACAGUAUUAGCAUGUCCGUGGAGAUGAACGGUAUUGUAUACACAGGGGUGCUGUUCGCUCAGCCACCACCUCCUACGCCACCUCCCGCCUCCAGCAAAGGUGGUGUGAGCAGCAUUGGUACCAACAACACCAUGGGUAACCGGACAGGAGCCAGUGGCAGUGCUGGCAGCAGCGGCCAAGUGGGGCUGGCUGGGGUGUCUGCACCCACCAUGUCUUCUACCUCAAAUAACUCCUUGCCUUAAAAGGAAACCAAGUUGCAUGGCUGCCCACCCGCCACAGGAACCACAUGGCCACACAGGGGGACCUGGGACGUCAGAAGAAUCCCAGUGGGCUGGGCAGAUUCCCAAGGAGCCACACUGACGCCAAAAAGGAGAGAGAGAGAUAGAGAGAGAAAGAGAGAGAGAGAAAAUAUAUAUAUAUACAUAUAUAUAUAUACAUAUAGAAAGAGAUAGGUAGAUGGAGAAACAGAUCUAAUAAAUCAGGGCAAAGCAAAGAACACUUGAAUCUCUCAGGUUUCGGAGACUCCGAGAAACGGAUUUGACGAGGGCCACCAGGGCAACGUCAAAGCCUAAGGAGGCCACCUUUCCAGAGGCUUCCGUGGGGGUUCGGCGUGACCAGCCUCAUUUAAGCACGUCUGUUUACCUCAUGAAUCCGGGCACCGCGUGUUCAUACCGUUUUGUUUUUGUUUCCUUUUUUUUUGUUUGUUUGUUUGGGUUUUUUUUUUCCUUUUUGUUAUUGUCGUCGUUGUUCCUUGGUCUUUAACCAUGGUUCCUUUCGAGAAAACCAACCUUGGAAGCUAUGAAUUUUUUUCUUUUUAAAACAAGAUCUCCACAUUCAGACACAUUUUUUUUAAGGUAGGGGGGGUUCUGAUUUUGUAAAUAUUCUAUUUUAUUCUUGAGGGCAGGGAUUGGAUCUUAGGAAGAGUCUAUCUGUAUAUCUAUAUAUUUGUGUUCAUUCAGGGAAACAGACUUUAAAAAAAAAAAGAAGCAAAAUACCAGCCAUGUCGGUCCCUACCCUCGUCACCCCAGAGCCCCUACUUGUCCUCUGAUAUCCUGCGGUGCCCCUGGCUCAGCUAGGAGAUGCUGGCUUUCAGCAGUUUCCACAGUUCUGUCAGACUGGCCCCACCCACUGGCUCUCAUCAUUCAGGAACCUGGAUUGCUUACCCAGGACACAGAAUGCUCUAGAAACCGGUAGCGGAGCACAGGGAAUACAAUGUCCUCAGGUGUCUCAGGGAUGAAGGUCUGCAUUCUCCUUGCCUGGAUGGGUUGCAGAGGCAACAGGCUUAGCUCAGGGCAAGGAAUCGGGCUUGAGUCACUGCCUCCUGUGUUCCAACUCUCUUCCUGUCUUUGUCAACCCCCUUGCUGGGACAGGACCUGAAUGUGACAGUGAUCAGCCAGGAAGGGCCCUGCUGUCUCUUAAGGAGGAUGAGGCAGAGAGAGAGAGAGAGAGAGAGAGAGAGUGAGUGAGUUUGUUUGUUCAAGGUCAUCCCUGGCUACACAUGGAGGUUGAGGCCAGCCUGAGCUACUUGAAACCCUGUGGCGCAUACCUUUAAUCCCAGCACUGAGUGGACCAGCCCGGUCUUACAGUUAAUUCCAAGCUGCCCAGAUUACACAGUGAGAGCCUGUCCAAAAAAAGCUUUCAUUUCAUUUUGGCUGGAGCUGCAUGCAUACUCUCUGCUGGAUUGGGGAACCAGUCCUGGACUCAGCCUGGCCUCCUUUGGCAACCGGGCAGCGCUGGGUUUUCCUGGGCUAGGGUUGGAGCUUGUGCAGAGAGCUGGGAGCUGGAACCUGCUUGGCCCUCAGCCCCAGGAGUCAUGAAGCCUUGAGUUUGUUGUGGGGACUGGACCCUCUUUCAUCCUCUGUCUCAGGUUAUCAACACACCCCUCCUGUCCUUCCAGGAGGGGGUGCUGCCCAUUUGGAGGGGAGGAGGAUCUCAACUUUUCCUUCUGGAAGCUUCUGCUUGCCCCUUUUUGGGGCCACUGUCUUAGCCGCACAAUCAUUCCUGGUCACGGGUGUUGAGGGGUCCUUGUUCCCUUCUGACAACCCUGUCCAAAGUCCGCCUCCAUGGGUAACCGGCUCAGGGAUGUAGCAGCCAGCCUCCCGUCUCCCUAGUGGGGUCUAUCUGAGGGGGGGUCGCCUUGGUGGGCACAUCCAAGGCAAAUUUCUUUCUACCUCAGGUUUUUUGAUGCCAAAAAGAAAAAAAAAAUGCACCCGGGCCACCCACUUCUCUGGUCACCUUCCCAAUGCCCAACAGUGGGAACUUGGUGUCCUGGUGUCCACUUGUCUCUCAGGCUCUGUGAGUGGCGGAAAGCACCAGAUCCUAACUCAGGGGACUUGCCUAUCACAGCUCUGUGAUUGUAGUUGGGGGGGUGCCCUCUGCUGGACAUACUCAGCCACCCUCCAUGGUCCUAUCUGCCUCAGUUGCCCCAUUAACCCUUGGCGUGGGUUCCAGUUGGCACUCACACAGACUGGGAGUGGGGACAGAGCUGGGGUCAUCACUGUCCACCUGGCACCUCAGGGCUUGGCGUGGGGCAGGUGAGACACCCAAACUCAGGGCAAAGGGUGGAAGGGCAGGCACAGUCUGCUUCUAGAACCUUCCUGGUAGCCCUUAUGCUGGCCACCAGGCCACGUGUGUGUGUGUCUAUGUGUCAGGCUGCAGUGGGUGGGUGGGGUGGGGCUUGGGGACAGCUGGGUUAAUGUUUUCUGAGGGUUAAUGCGUCUGUACAGUCUUUAUUUCUUUCAUUUUAAUCAUUUUUACCCACUUUUCCCCCACCCCCACAUAAUUUUGGCUUUUGUGGAUUUUAUUUUUCCUUCUGAGUAAAUGUGAGCUGAGCUGCUUUGUUAGCAAUGUGUGAACUUUUCAGUUUCUUGGGGGUGGGGGGGGGCUUGUCCGACAGCGUGGGGAUCACACAGAAACUCAGGUAAAAUUAAAAAAAAAAAGUGGAUUAAAAAAAAAAAGAAAAGAAAAAAACUGUUUUCUACCUCUGGUCAGGCCUCUGUGGCCAGUUCCCGCCUAGGCUGUGGCCUGCAAUGGUCACAGUUGUGCCGAAUACUCAGGAAAAUCCAGCUAUUAACAGAAAAACUCAAACAGACAACAAUGGGGAGGAAAGGUGUGAUUUUUGAAAUUAAAAAAAAAAAAACACUGAAAGUUUACAUUUUAUGAUCUUAUUGUGGAUUGUAUUUAAACCUCAAAAAUAUUUAACGGGAUUGUAACCGUGUAAAUCCGUGAUAUUAAAGCGUUGAGACACUUCUGAGAAA